AUGGCUUCAAAGGUGCAAGUAGCUAUUGUACUUAUUCUAGCGACGCUAGUUCCGAUCGGAAGAGUAACAUCUAAUGCCGAUGUGAUGCUCCAUUUUCCGGCGAUUGAUACGCCGAAUGCAACCCCUGGCUGGCCGAACCGAUACCUGAGAUCAACCGAAUCCUUGACAACGACCAAUGAGAGCAACGCCGAAGAGAGAGGAUUUUGGUCGGAGUUCGUUGCCAAAAUGGAAUGGGGAAAAAGGAACGUCGAUAUUUUGCCGUUGGUCAAGGAAGAAAGCGAGACCGUGCCGUUGAUCACAAAAGAGAACGAGAAGUUUAUCUUGCGCGAAGAUGACGAGGUCAAGCGUCUCGUCAAGAAGAUGGAUAACAUCAAGUCAGUUACAACUAUACUGAAAGAAAAAUACUUCCAGCGGUGGGUCGAUGUGAGGAGAUCUGCGGAAGAGAUUCACAACCUUUUGGGGCUACCAAUAGGACCUGCCCUCUUAGAGAGCCCACUUGUAUGGAUAUGGCUGGAUUACGUGAUAUGUAUCAAACGAACGUCCAACUUUGAGGAACCUAUUGCCUUUUUCGUGAAAAUGUUCGGCAACAAUAUUGAGGUCGCAAAGAUGUUUGAGGGUGCGGAAAAGGUUUUUAUGGAUAAGGAUCAUGGGCUGGGGAGAUUGAAAGAGGAGUUCUUGCUUCAGUGGCUCAAGUAUGAAACCGAUUGGGACAACCUCUUGACGAAUCUUGAACUGGCAGGUUUCACCAACGAUAAGAUCCUGUAUUAUAAGACGUUAUACGAUCAGUUUAACUACUUGUAA